UUGAUUGCUCAUUGCUGCUGCAGGAGCGAUUUCAGAACGCGUCGCUCUGUGAACUCCCCAGAUCUGCUGGUGCUGCGUAGUCGAUACCGCGCAGAGCAAGGUGUUUUUGUUGUUGUUGUUGGACUGUUGGCCAGUGUCGUUGCCAAACUUGGGGGCAAUUGGCGACUAUUACUCUUGUAAAAUGGAUGCUUCUACUCCUCUGGUGAAGAAUGUGUUACUUCUUGAUGGUGAGGGGAAGCGCGUGGCAGUCAAAUACUUUUCAGAUGACUGGCCUAGCUUGUCUGCUAAAUUGGCUUUUGAAAAAUCUAUUUUCACCAAGACGCAUCGAACAAGUGCUCGCUCCGAAGCUGAGAUCGGGCUGUUCGAUGGUUACAUUGUCAUAUACAAAUUCAUCUCUGAUCUCCAUUUCUAUGUGACCGGAGGUGAAGAUGAGAAUGAACUUAUUUUGGCAACUGUUUUGCAAGGAUUUUUCGAUGCAGUCGCACUACUUCUCAGGAACAACGUCGAAAAGAAAAAUAUUCUGGAGAAUUUGGAUCUUGUUCUUCUUUGCCUCGAUGAAAUUGUGGAUGGCGGAAUCAUAUUGGAGACAGAUGCCAAUGUUAUCGCUAGCAGAGUGGCGAUGCGGGGUGCUAAUGAUGAUGUACCCCUUUCAGAGCAGACAAUUUCUCAGGCACUCGCAACAGCGAAGGAGCACUUUGCAAGAUCGCUGCUUAAGUAGGACAUUGAAACUCGAUCUGCUCAUGGUGAAAUUGAAGACAUGAACGUUUUCAUAUCUUCCAACAAAAAUCAAGAAUGUCUAUCCCAAUGACAUCGAGCCCCCCCUGCAGUAUAUGAACACCUCUUUACAUCUAUAUAUUCAUGCAGAGUCCUUGCAGAGAUAGAUGUGAAAUUGCAGUGAUUUAUUUGCACUCCUGGUGCUGUGUUGGCUAGGAUAAAUUCCUGAAAUUAACAUCAAGAAUGCGCUGCUGUAAAAGCUUGUCUUGUGUUCACUGCAGAUUGGUGAGUAUAUUUUUUUAACGAUACAUGCAUUUCUUUUUCAUACA